AUGGCGUGGCCGUGCAUCACGCGGGCCUGCUGCAUCGCCCGCUUCUGGAACCAGCUAGACAAGGCAGACAUCGCCGUGCCUCUGGUGUUCACCAAAUACUCCGAGGCCACGGAGCACCCGGGCGCCCCUCAGCAGUUGCCACCGCCGCAACUGCAGCCGGCGCAGCCCCCCUCGGCGCGCGCGGUCGCCAUAGAGACGCAGCCCGCCCAGGGAGAGUUGGAUGCAGUUGCCCGGGCAACAGGACCGGCGCCAGGGCCUGGUGGUGAACGCGAAGCGGCCGCCGCCCCCGGCCGGGGCGGGUCGGGUCUCGGCCCCGGCUCUGGCUCCACCUCCAGCGCCGGGCCCGCGGACUCUGUGAUGCGUCAGGACUACCGCGCCUGGAAAGUGCAGCGGCCAGAACCUAGCUGCCGGCCGCGCAGCGAGUACCAGCCGUCCGACGCGCCCUUCGAGCGCGAGACUCAGUACCAGAAGGACUUCCGGGCCUGGCCGCUGCCGCGCCGCGGAGACCACCCGUGGAUCCCCAAGCCCAUGCAGAUCCCCACGUCCUCGCAGGCUCCGGCGCCUAUUCUCGGGGCGCCCAAACGCCGGCCUCAGAGCCAGGAGCGCUGGCCCAUGCAGGCUGCUGCCGACGCCCGGGAACAGGAGGCCCCUGGCGGCGCGGGGCGCCCGGCGGCCGGCAAGGCGUCGGGUGCUGACGAGCACGACACGCGCCGCAAGGCCGGGCCCGCCUGGAUGGUGCGGCGCACCGAGGGCCACGGGCCGGAGCAGAUGUCGGCGCCCCCAGCCCAGGCCGGAGCUGGUCGCCCCGCGGCCGGAAAGGCGUCGGGUGCUGACGAAUACGACACGCGCCGCAAGGCCGGGCCCGCCUGGAUGGUGCGGCGCACCGAGGGCCACGGGCAAGAGCAGACGGGGCCGCCCGCCGCCCAGGCUGACACCGAAGAGGGGCGCCCCGCGGCCGGCAAGGCGUCGGGUGCUGACGAGCGCGACACCCGCCGCAAGGCCGGGCCCGCCUGGAUGGUGACCCGGGCCGAGGGGCUGGGGCCGGAGCAGACGCCGGUGCCCACUGUCCAGGCCCAAGCUCCAGCCGAAGAAGGGCGCCCCGCGGCCGGCAAGGCGUCGGGUGCGGAUGAGCGCGACACCCGCCGCAAGGCCGGGCCCGCCUGGAUGGUGCGCCGCGCCGAGGGGCUGGGGCCGGAGCAGACGCCGGUGCCCGCUGCCCAGGCCGGAGGCCCGGAGGGUGGCAAGGGGCGCGCGGCUGCGGACGCCCUCAACCGGCAAAUCCGCGAGGAGGUGACCAGUGCCGUGAGCAGCUCCUACAGGAAUGAGUUCAGAGCGUGGACGGACAUCAAGCCCGUGAAGCCAAUAAAAGCCAAGUCUCAGUACAAGCCCCCGGAUGAUAAGAUGGCUCACGAGACCAGCUACAGUGCCCAGUUCAAGGGCGAGGCCAAUAAGCCGAAUGCAGCUGACACCAAGGGCCUGGAGCGCAGACGGAUACGCAGCCUCUACAGCGAGCCCUUCAAGGAGCCGCCAAAGGUGGAGAAACCUAGCGUUCAGAGUUCCAAACCAAAAAAGACCUCAGCGAGCCAUAAGCCUCUGCGGAAGGCCAAAGACAAGCAGGUGGUGUCGGGCCAGGCCGCCAAGAAAAAGAGUGCGGAGGGCCCUGGGGCCACCAAGCCCGACGACAAGGAGCAAAGUAAAGAGAUGAACAAUAAACUGGCUGAGGCUAAAGAGUAA